AUGCCGAUGACGGUUGUCUCCGGUCGAUUCUCACCGGCGUUCCUCCCGAUUCGAUUUCCAGUCUCGCGGUUGCUUCCCGUCAAGUACGCCGACCAAAGACGCGUUGUUUUCGUUCCCAGAUCAGCUCGCGCCUCUUCUUCUGCUUCCGUUUCCGUCGAGACGAACUCGAGUGUGAAUUCUGCUAUCGAGAAAGAGAAACACAGGGAAGAGCAGGAGAUUCUAGCUUGUCCCAUCUGUUAUAACUCCUUGGCAUGGAUUAGUCAACCUAAUGGAUUAAUAGAAUCUGCUCUCUCUGGUACUCAAUUACAAUGCAAUACCUGUAAAAAGAGCUACUCGAGUAACGAGACGCAUCUUGAUUUGGCUGUGGCUAGUGGAAGCAAGCAAUACAGUGAACCAAUGCCUCUUUCCACUGAGUUAUUCAGAACUCCAUUAGUCUCCUACCUUUACGAGAGAGGUUGGCGUCAGAAUUUCAUAUGGGGUGGCUUUCCAGGACCAGAGAAAGAGUUUGAAAUGGCUAAAGAGUACCUGAAGCCUGUUUUGGGAGGCAAUAUCAUUGACGCCAGCUGCGGAAGUGGGUUGUUCUCGAGGUUAUUCGCUAGAAGCCAGCUGUUUUCUCUGGUGAUUGCUCUUGAUUACUCUGAGAACAUGCUGCGACAGUGCUAUGAACUUUUGAAUCAAGAAGAGAACUUUCCCAACAAAGAGAAACUUGUUCUGGUCCGAGCAGACAUAGCUAGACUCCCUUUCCUUUCGGGUUCGGUUGACGCUGUCCAUGCUGGUGCUGCUCUGCAUUGCUGGCCUUCACCAUCCUCAGCUGUUGCUGAGAUCAGCCGUGUUCUUAAACCUGGAGGAGUUUUUGUUGCAACCACAUUCAUCUAUGAUGGCCUUUUCACUUUUAUCCCCUUCUUGAAGAAUCUUCGCCAGGAAAUAAUGAGAUAUUCAGGUGCGCACACAUUUCUGAGUGAACGUGAGCUUGAAGAUCUCUGCAGAGCCGGUGGACUCGUUGGCUUCACUCGUGUUAGAAACGGACCAUUCAUAAUGCUCUCCGCCACUAAACCCAGCAGAUAA